CUUGCGUAUAGAAGGCGACGAGAUUCGCCUGAGAGAAAUCCAGAGCGCAGGAUUCUGGAUGAUUUCACGUUUGUACACAUCUGAUAGGUUCUAGAUCUAUGAUGGAUGAUCAUGUCCAGUGCAUAAUCUGCUUCUAUCCAUUUAAAUACCCUGUGACCAUCCCAUGCGGUCACACCUUCUGCAAGGCCUGCAUCCUCAGAUUUUGGGAUAGGAAGGACAAAGACUUCUACUGUCCUUGUUGUAAAAAAUCCUUUGAAACAAAGCCUGAGCUGAAUCGAAACGUGUCUCUGUCGAUGAUAACGGAGAUCAGCACACACAGUCCGGUUAAGACGGAUGUGAGCGCAGGAGCCUCGCUCCACACGGAUCGGGAUCUGGAUCCGGAGCAGAUCUGUGAGCGGCACCAGAAGCCUCUGGUCAUCUACUGCAGGAGCGACAGCAUGUGUGUUUGCUACGAGUGCUCUGUGAACCAGUGCAAGGACCACGAUACGAUUUUGGUGGAAGGAGAACGGAAGAAUAGAGUGGCAGAAUUGAAGAAAAAGAGUGCAGAAUUUAAGAAACACCAGGAAACUAUUGAGAGAAACCGCCAGGAGCUGAUGGAGAACAUGGAGACGGCGAAGGUGUCACUACAGCAGACGUCUCAGUGGGUGAACACCAAGUUCUCACAGCUGAUAAAGGUGCUGACAGACAAACAGGAAAUGACAGAGCUUUUUCUGGAACAGCAGGAAGUGACUCUGUUGCAGGCUCAGGAGCGGCUGGAUGCACUGGAGGAGAGAGCGACGCAGCUCACAGCCCUUCAGGAGGAGAUCAGAAACCUGUGUUCCCUCCCUUCCUGCCAGCUCAUCAAGGACUCCAGGCUCAUAGAGGUCCCACACUUCAUUAAUGUUCCUGUGGAGGUGCAUGUGAGCGUACAGGAGAAACUGAUGCCCGUCACUGAAAUCCUGUCCCGUGUGUCCAAGCUGGUGUGUGAGGAUCUGGAGAGAGCCGUUCAGGUGUCAGCAGGACAGGAUAAAGAGGACUCUCCUCAAGAUAAGAGGCCAGUUCUGGCUGUCGUCCCCAGUCCUGCGACCCCAUCGAAUCCAGCCGAGAGAGAGGGACUGAACGCAUACCGCUGCAACCUGACCUUUGACCCCCGCACUGCCAACGCUCACCUACGGCUCACCCAGAGCAACAGGAGGGCGGAGCAUCUGAUCUCCGGGCCCCGCCCCGUCCUGGAUGAUGAGUCCCGCUUCGACCACACCUGGCAGGUGUUGUGUUUCCAGAGCUUCACUCACGGCCAGCACUACUGGGAGCUGGAGGUGUCCAAACCCUGGGCGUAUGUGGGCGUGACGUACCCGAACAUCCCGCGCAAGGAGAAGGGCAAGCGCUGCAUGGUGGGGAUGAACGAUCUGUCGUGGAGCCUCCAGCUGGACGAGCGGCAGCUGAGUGCGUGGCACGCCGGAUGCAAGGAGUCCGUCGCCGGUCAGCUGCAGCCGAACGCUCAGCCGCUGCGCAUCGGGAUGCUUCUGGACUACGAGGCCGGGACGCUGACGUACUACGCCGAGGGACAGAUCCGGCUGCACGCCUUCCACUGCGCCUUUACACAAGCGCUGCUCCCGGCCUGCUGGAUCGGGGAGGGCGUCACCAUCACACUCUGUGAACCACGAGCUUAAACAGAUUUGAUCAACAUCAUGCCAUCAUUUAGUCCUGGUGUUCCUGAGUAAAUCUGAUGAGCUCAGGAUUCAGUCUGGGAUGGUUCGGGUUGGUCUGUGGAGAACUGCGUAGGGGAAGGAAUAUACUUCAUGCAAGCACAAAUGCAGAUGCUCAUAUAUAUAUAUAUAUAUGACCAUGGACCACAAAACCAGUCAUAAGGGUCUUUUUACUUUUUUUUCUGAUUUAUACACCCUACAAAAGCUGAAUAAAUAAUCUUUCCAUUGAUGAAUGGUUUGUUCGGAUAGGAGAAUAUUCGGUCGAGAUGCAACUAUUUGAAAAUCUGAGAGUGCAAACAAAUAUUGAAAUAUUGAAAGUUGUCCAAAUGAAGUUCUUAGCAAUGCAUAUUCCUAAUCAAAAAUUAAAUUAUGAUGUAUUUUGCAGUAGGAAAUGUACUGAAUAUGUUCAUGGAACAUGAUGUUUACUUUAUCAUAAUUGUUUUUUUACAUGAAAGAAAAAUCGAUAAUUUUGACCCAUAACAUGUAUUUUUUUUUUACUGUACUCGUUUUGUGCUCGGGUCACAUAUGAGUGUUUUAAAAUAAUGUUUUCACAAAUCAGGGAGUAUUAAAUCAUGGAUGCAGGGUUGCCAGAUCCUCAUAUUUGCAUGGAAUUGGGCUGAUUUAAACUGUUGCAGCAGGUUGAUUUUCUCCUGUUGGUAAAAGGAUUGAAAUAUUGCAUAAAUUACAUUUACAUUACAUUUACAUAUUUUGCAUUCUACCUAUGAUAAAACUGUGAUAGAUGUUAUGUUUUAUGAAGGACAGCCACUGGUAGGAAGCUUUUAGCUGUGUUUAUGAUCAAUCUGCAUAAUGAUGACUGUAAAAUAUGUUUUUUUACUAUGGAAAUUACAUAUUUUGAGCUUUAAUAUUUGGGAUAUGAUCAUUGCGCUACUUUAAAAUAUUGAGAAUCAUGUUUUUCUGUUUUCCUGUGCUGUAGGAUUAUUGUUACAGUUUUUUUUAUUUUUAUGUAUUUCUACUGUAUCAGUUUUAGCAGUAUUUUGAUUAUUUUUACAGAGUUUAACAGAUGAUAUGUCCAUCAGAUUGAUCUUUUAACACUUCAGAUAUGGACGUCUGUGAAUAUGAGAUCUCAUGCUGUAAUACUCUUAAUCUAGUCAUUGGCUUUGUUCAGAAUAGCGUACUUGCAUAUUUCACGUUAUGUACCAUAGCCCUUCAACAGUGAUGCUAUGUUUCAUAUUUAAUUUAGCAAGUGUUUAACCUGCAAAAUGAAUGCAAUUUUAGUCGAAAAAGAAGAUAUUAAAAAUAGUCAGAGCUUAUAUUGCUACCAGUUCAUAUAUCACUUUUUAAGUGGAAGGAUGAGCAUGUUGCAUUGUGGGAUGUAGUGUUUUUUUUUAGUGUGCUCUAUUGCAUAGUGCACUUUAUGGCAGCCCGUUUCCAAAAGGUAGUGGUGCAUUUAUUUAUUUUUUUUACAAUUCUUACUUGUUUACUCACAAUUGAGACAAAAUCUCACAAUUGCAAGGAAAAAAAAAUGCUACAAUAAACUCUUUAUUCAUUUAAUGUUUUUUUUUUUUUCAGAAUUGCAAGAAACCAUAAAAAGUUGCAAUACCUUUUUAUUUUAUUUUUUUCGUGGUAAAGGCUUCCAUAGCACUUUAUUGCACACUCUCCACAGUUUAAGUCAUGCAUGCUACAGAUAUAUUAUUAGUACACUAUUCUGAACAUAGCCUUUCUAUAAAGAGCCAGUGAAAGUUUAAACACUGUUUGCGUUAUAUCUGAUUAUGGGAUCAUAAUUCUAUGAAAUGGCGGUCUGAGCUCAUUUCUUUGAGCUGACUAUAUGCACUAACUAGUAAAACCUAGAAUUGUCCUUAAUAUUGGGAGAUUGUUUGAAUAUUUUAAUUUGCACAAGAUAUCAGGGCUGGAAAAGCACAUCCUUUGGGAAUUCUGACAUCAUUUUGAACUUCCUGAGAGACUUUUACCGAAGAAUGUGAACUCAUCUUUACAUUUGUCUGCUUUCGGAAACCUGGUCAUCAUGUACACCGGGAAUAAUGAAGACAAAAGACGUCCAUAAAUGAAAUGCAUUGUUCCACCUGUACAGGGUUACUUUAAUAAAAUACACUUUGAAUAACAAGA